GAAGGAAGAGGGGGUGCUCUAGGCUGUCCAGGGGAAGAUGAGAAGCCCUGUCGCAGAAAGCUCUGAUGCACUCUGACUCGUAGGGGGCCUGUUCACAUUCGGGAACUGGUAAUAACGUGGGUGCACUCCUCUGGGAGGGGGCGUGGGAUCUAAACAGCACCAGCUGUCCCCGAGGAAAUUAAGGGGCAAUCAGGGAAAAAAAAAAAAAAAAAAAACCGGAUGCUCCUUAUUUCGAGGUGACAGAGGCCCUCCAGACAACCACCUGGUGUAUCCACUGGGAAGGGUGGAUUUGGAGGUGACUUCAAAAGGAGUGGAGGGUAACAAGGUGAGGAAAGGGGAUCAGCAGCUGUACCAUGUGCCACUAGAAAUGGGGGUGACUUGGUGAAAACAGGGUAUUGUCCAGAGACAGGGCCCAGGAACCCCUAGUCGCUGAACGGGGACAGCCUGGGUUUUCCCAGACAUAGUUUUGGGGGACUUAACUGGAAAAAAAGUGGAGGAUCCUUUCCAUUUAGAGGGUGGCAAAGGCACGAAGGUUGGGUCCCUCCCUCACAUUGACAGUGCCCCAGUAGGGAUGGGGUUGAGCUAAUAUAUUCAAAGCUAAGGACUUGAACCCUUUAGAUUAUAGGAGUGGAUUUUGGCAGUGCAGGUCCCCAAAAUAGGGUGGAAAGGUGACUGGGGGUAGUGGAACCACAUCUUGGGAAUUUUGAGGGUCUUCAGGUUGGCCUAAGGGAUCUGGGGACGGGGAAGGACAGAACAGGAGAGGGAGUAGUUUUCGGUAGGGGCCAAAAGUCGAGGGUGGGGUCGACAGAGAUUUACAGGCUGCUGGGUAGAGUGGAGCUAGAACGGGGCCCAAGGGUGGGAGCCAGCGGCUGGAGGGUGGGGAGGCCUGGGGCUUAUCCUCGGGUCCUGUGAGUGAGGCGGUGAGUUGGGACCUCAGCGUCAAGAGCAUGCCCUGGUGAGCGGGCUUCUCUUUGAGGAGCCCAGCGCGCUCCGGGCGCCUGCCAGUUUGGGGGUGUCUCCUCCCGGGGCGCCAUGGCGGCUCUGGCCAGUAGCCUGAUCCGGCAGAAGCGGGAGGUCCGCGAGCCGGGGGGCAGCCGGCCGGUGUCGGCGCAGCGGCGCGUGUGUCCCCGCGGCACCAAGUCCCUUUGCCAGAAGCAGCUCCUCAUCCUGCUGUCCAAGGUGCGACUGUGCGGGGGGCGGCCCGCGCGGCCGGACCGCGGCCCUGAGCCUCAGCUCAAAGGCAUUGUCACCAAACUGUUCUGCCGCCAGGGCUUCUACCUCCAGGCAAAUCCUGAUGGAAGCAUCCAGGGCACCCCAGAGGACACCAGCUCCUUUACCCACUUCAACUUGAUCCCCGUGGGGCUCCGUGUGGUCACCAUCCAGAGUGCCAAGCUGGGUCACUACAUGGCCAUGAAUGCAGAGGGGCUGCUCUAUAGCUCGCCACAUUUCACAGCUGAGUGUCGCUUUAAGGAAUGCGUCUUUGAGAAUUACUAUGUCCUGUACGCCUCUGCUCUCUAUCGCCAGCGCCGCUCUGGCCGGGCCUGGUACCUGGGCCUGGACAAGGAGGGCCGAGUCAUGAAGGGAAAUCGAGUCAAGAAGACCAAGGCCGCCGCCCACUUUGUGCCCAAGCUCCUGGAGGUGGCCAUGUACCGGGAGCCUUCUCUCCACAGUGUCCCUGAGACCUCACCUCCCAGUCCCCCUGCCCCCUAAAAUGUAGUCUGUGGACUGGAGGCUCCCUGCACUUGCACUGAGCUAGCCACCACCACAGCCUGUCUCCAGCCCUGCUCCCAGCCCUGCCCUCAGCCCUGCCACCACCACCCAUGCCCUGAGCAGCCAGGCCCCAGCAGAUGUUCUAUCCUGCAGGAGCCAAGGGGCUGGCUGUGACCCCUCGCCUCUUCCAGGCUUCAGCUCCUGGGAUUUCAGAGAGGGGGAUGUCCGAAAAUGGUCCUGGCCAAUCACUUCUUUCCUUCCACACUCACAGCCCCCCACAAAAGCCUUUUCCUGAGAAGGCGCUGGGGGGUUCCCAAACUGACAGAAAGAACCAGGACACAAACACUCCCCACCCUGGGCUCAGCGCAUCCCGGGAGCACUAUGCCCUUUUCAUUGCCACUGAGCCAUAGAUUUAUAGCCCUACAAGAGCUCAGGAUUAAUUUCCUUUUUGCCCCACUCCACCUUCUGCCUUGUUCUGGAGAGAUUCUGGAACACCAGGCAUCCUAGCCAGGGCCCUUUUUGCACUAAGGCUCUGUGCUGGGAUGCUGGCAUGCUGCCAGGCUCUGCUCUGGAUCCAUUAGGCUUCUGUCCUUGACCCAGCUGGACCCCCGGUUUCCAAGUAGAGAGAGGCUGGAUUUGAGCCCUGUCCAGCUGCUGGCCUUGGCCUGAACUAGGACCAGUCUCAGAUCACCACAGUUUUAACUUUCUUAUCCCAAAGACACCCAAUUCUAGAGCACAGUGUUCUAGACACAUACAGAGCCAUACUUCCUUCUGAAUCAGCUCUAGGACAUAGACCACGACUCUCAGCCCUUCCCUCCAGGAUGGAACUUGGGCUUCUAUAGCCGUAUCAAUGCUCAUAUAGAGGGGAUCCCUGGGUGGCUCAGCGGUUUCGUGCCUGCCUUUGGCCCAGGGCGCGAUCCUGGAGUCCUGGGAUCGAGUCCUGCGUCAGGCUCCUGGCAUGGAGCCUGCUUCUCCCUCUGCCUCUCUCUCUCUCUCUCUCUCUCUCUUUCUCUCUAUGUCUAUCACAAAUAAAUAAAAAUAAAUCUUAAAAAAAAAUGCCCAUAUAGAGUGAGCUCCAGACCCACCUUCCUACCUUCUCUAGUAAUACCUGUGAAAGAUGAGCUCUGGAAAGAACCCAGUUCUGAUUCAUGGGGAGCUUUGUUGAUGAAUCAAGAAACACCUCUUGUUUUUCCUAGAUUUUCUAAAAAUUCGAGUCUUCCUAUAGAAUGCUAACCUUAUUUUUACACGUAGUUUCUAGCUCCUCCAGCUCAGCUGGGGUCCUGCCAGGGAAACCGAGUCUGAAGGGGGGCAGAGGAGUCCGGGAAGAAAUCCUUGGCUCAUAGUAGAGAAGCUGGGAGGGCCAAGGGGCCCAAACUACGGCAUGUUUUGGCUGUGCCUGGGUUGUAGGGACAUGGACACUUAGCUACCUCCACAGGAAUACCUUCUGGGUCCCUUCUAAAGCUGAGGUCUUUAAGGUAAUGGAUCUCAAAUGAAAUGAACAAACAGGGCACAGCCUUGACCCUCCCCCCCCCCCCGUGCGGAGACCCCAAUUCAGCAAUAAGUUUAACCCCUCUCCCAUAGAAGUCAGGUCAAGGAGGGUGAGGGCCUCUUGGGCUCCAGACCUCAUAUAUCCCCAGAGCUUCUAACUGAAUAGAAUUUGCUUUACCUUACAGCUAUAACCUGAGCUAAGUUUUAGGUACCCAAAAGGGGCCUGACUAGAUUUUUCUGAACAGCAUGGAGAGCUAGGGGCAGGCCUGAAAAAGAUCAGGAACCCACCAGUCAACUAGGAGGGAGACUGAGUGGCUUCCAGACCGGGGCAGGGUAGACAGGAGACCAUAAAGGGAAGGGCUCAGGCUCCGAGGCAAGUCACUUUUCCUCAGGCUCUUUGUAUUUCUGGCUUGUUGCAAGAGGGGUGCCUACUCCCCUCACCCACACAGACCCCUUAGGCCCCACCCCCUCUCCUGGCUUCGCUCCCAGGGGACGAUGGGGUCUCCACUCCAUGCUCUCUCCAUUAAAGAUGA